AUGGGGAAACAUUUGGCCUUGCUUCUGCUCCUGCUCCUCCUCCUCCAGCAUUUUGGAGACAGUGAUGGAAGCCAAAGACAUGAACAGACUUUUCUCCAGUUUACACAUUUCCAGUACAAUGUCACUGUGCAUGAGAACUCUGCAGCCAAAACCUAUGUUGGGCAUCCUGUAAAGAUGGGGAUUUACAUUACAAAUCCAUUGUGGGAAUUAAGGUACAAAAUCAUCUCAGGAGACAAUGAAAACUUGUUCAAAGCCGAGGAGUACGUUCUUGGAGACUUUUGUUUUCUAAGAAUAAGGACCAAAGGAGGAAACACAGCUAUUCUUAAUAGAGAAGUAAAAGACCAUUACACAUUGAUAGUGAAAGCAGUCGAAAAAAAUACUAAUGCUGAAGCACGAACAAAGGUCAGAGUGCAGGUGCUCGAUACAAAUGACUUAAGACCAUUGUUCUCACCAACCUCGUACAGUGUUUCUUUACCUGAAAACACAGCCAUAAGGACCAGUAUUGCAAGAGUCAGUGCCACAGAUGCAGACAUAGGAACCAAUGGAGAGUUUUACUACAGUUUUAAAGACCGAACAGAUAUGUUUGCUAUUCACCCAACUAGUGGUGCCGUCGUUUUAACUGGUAGGCUUGAUUAUACAGAGACCAAGCUCUAUGAGAUGGAGAUUCUUGCUGUGGACCGUGGAAUGAAAUUAUAUGGUAGCAGUGGGAUCAGCAGCAUGGCCAAGUUAACAGUUCAUGUCGAACAGGCCAAUGAAUGUGCUCCUGUGAUAGCUGCAGUGACACUGUCACCAUCAGAACUAGACCAAGACCCAACAUAUGCGAUCAUAACAGUGGAGGACUGUGAUCAGGGUGCUAAUGGGGAAAUAGCUUCUUUAAGCAUUGUGGCAGGCGACUCUCUUCAGCAGUUUAGGACUGUUAGAUCUUCUCCAGGGAGUAAAGAAUAUAAAAUCAAAGCAAUUGGUACCAUUGAUUGGGACACCCAUUCUUUUGGCUAUAAUUUGACACUUCAAGCUAAAGAUAAAGGAACUCCUCCCCAAUUCUCGUCUGUGAAAGUCAUUCAUGUGACUUCACCACGUUUCAAAGCUGGGCCAGUCAAGUUUGAAAGGGAUAUUUACCGAGCCGAGAUCAGUGAAUUUGCACCUCCCAACACACCUGUAAUCAUGGUAAAAGCCACACCUAAUUAUUCCCACUUGAGGUAUGUUUUUAAAAGUACACCUGGAAAAGCCAGAUUCAGUCUAAAUCACAACACUGGCCUCAUUUCCAUUUUAGAACCGAUUAAAAGACAGCAGACAUCCCUUUUGGAACUGGAAGUAACAACAAGUGACAGAAGAGCCUCUACCAAAGUCAUGGUGAAAGUCUUAGGUGCAAAUAGUAACUCCCCUGAAUUUACCCAGGUAGCGUACAAAGCAUCUUUUGAUGAGAAUGCACCAGUUGGUACAAGUGUCAUGAGUGUGAGUGCUGUAGACCCUGAUGAGGGUGAGAAUGGAUAUGUGACUUACAGUAUUGCAAAUUUAAAUCAUGUGCCAUUUGAGAUUGACCAUUUCACUGGUGUGGUGAGCACUUCAGAAAACCUGGACUAUGAACUUAUGCCUCGGGUAUAUACUUUAAGGAUUCGUGCAUCAGACUGGGGUUCACCCUAUCGCAGGGAAGUGGAAGUUCUGGCUACAGUUACUCUCAAUAACUUGAAUGACAACACACCAUUAUUUGAAAAAAUAAAUUGUGAAGGAACAAUUCCUAGGGAUUUAGGUGUGGGAGAGCAAAUAACUACCGUGUCUGCUAUUGAUGCGGAUGAACUCCAGUUGGUACGAUACCAGAUUGAAACUGGAAAUGAACUAGGUUUGUUUAGCUUAAAUCCCAGCUCUGGAGUACUGUCAUUAACACAAUCACUGAUGGAUGGCUUAGGUGCAAAGGUGUCUUUUCACAGUCUGAGAAUUACAGCUACUGAUGGAGAAAAUUUUGCCACACCAUUAUAUAUCAACAUAACUGUGGCUGCCAGUCGCAAGCCAGUGAACCUGCAGUGUGAAGAGACUGGUGUUGCCAAAAUUCUAGCAGAGAAACUUCUACAGGCAAAUAAAUUACACAAUCAAGGAGAAGUUGAGGAUAUUUCCUUUGAUUCCUACUCUGUUAAUACUCAUGCACCACAGUUUAGAAAUAUUCUUCCAACUAGUAUUGAGAUCAAAGAAAACCAUCCUGUGGGUUCUAACAUCAUUUUCAUGAAUGCUACUGACCUUGACUCUGGUUUUAAUGGUAAACUAGUCUAUGCUCUUUCUGGAGGAAAUGAAGAUAGUUGCUUCAUUAUUGAUAUGGAAACAGGAAUGUUAAAAAUUUUAUCCCCACUUGACCGUGAAACAACAGAUAAAUACACCCUCAAUGUUACUGUGUAUGACCUUGGCAUACCACAGAAGGCUGCUUGGCGGCUUCUUGAUGUCACUGUACUGGAUGCCAAUGAUAAUCCACCUGAGUUUUUACAGGAGAGCUAUUUUGUUGAAGUAAGUGAAGACAAGGAGAUAAAUAGUGAAAUCAUCCAGGUUGAAGCUAUAGAUAAAGAUCAAGGACCUAAUGGACAAGUGACAUACUCUGUUCUUACAGACACAGACAAGUUUUCAAUUGAUAGCAUGACUGGGGUUGUUAGAAUCGUGCGCCCUUUGGAUCGUGAAGUACAGCAGGUGCAUUAUUUAAAGAUUGAAGCCAGGGACCAAGCUGAAGAAGAACCCCAGCUGCUUUCCACUGUACUUUUGAAAGUGUCACUAGAAGAUGUUAAUGACAACCCACCCAGGUUUAUUCCAUCUAAUUACCGUGUGAAAGUUCGAGAAGACCUUCCAGAAGGAAGCAUAAUCAUGUGGUUAGAGGCCUAUGAUCCUGAUGUAGGACAGUCUAGUCAAGUGAGAUACAGUCUUCUGGACCAUGGAGAAGGAAACUUUGAUGUUGACAAACUCAGUGGAGCCCUUAGAAUUGUACAGCAAUUAGACUUUGAGAAGAAGCAAGUGUAUAAUCUCACUGUCCGGGCCAAAGACAAAGGAAAACCAAUUUCUCUAUCUUCCACUUGCUAUGUUGAAGUUGAAGUAAUUGAUGUGAAUGAGAACUUACACCCACCAGUGUUUUCCAGCUUUGUGGAAAAGGGCUUUGUGAAAGAAGAUGUGGCCAUUGGUUCAUCAGUAAUGACAGUGUCAGCGAAUGACCAGGACACAGGAAGAGAUGGAGAGGUCCGAUACUCCAUUAGAGAUGGCUCUGGCCUUGGUGUUUUCAGAAUUGAUGAAGAAACAGGUGUCAUAGAAACCUCAGAUCGACUGGACCGUGAGUUGACCUCUCAUUACUGGCUUACAGUCUAUGCAACUGACCAGGGUGUUGUGCCUCUUUCAUCAUUUAUUGAGGUCUACAUAGAGGUUGAAGAUGUCAAUGACAAUGCCCCGCAGACAUCAGAGCCUAUUUAUUAUCCUGAAGUAAUGGAAAAUUCUCCCAAGGAUGUAUCUGUGGUUCAGAUUGAGGCAUUUGAUCCUGAUUCAAGCUCAGAUGACAAGCUGAUAUACAAAAUUACAAGUGGAAAUCCACAAGGAUUUUUUUUUAUAAAUCCCAAAACAGGUCUCAUCACGACUACAUCAAGAAAACUAGACCGAGAACAGCAAGAUGAACACAUUUUAGAAGUAACUGUGACAGACAACGGCAAUCCCUCCAAAUCAACAAUUGCAAGAGUAAUUGUAAAAAUCCUUGAUGAAAAUGACAACAAACCCCAGUUCCUGCAAAAAUUCUACAAAAUUGGACUCCCAGAACGGGAAAAACCAGAACGAGAAAGAAAUGCCAAGCGGGAGCCAAUAUAUCGAGUUAUAGCCACUGACAAAGAUGAAGGUCCCAAUGCAGAAAUCUCCUACAGCAUCGAAGAGGGAAAUGAGCAUGGCAAAUUUUUUAUUGAGCCAAAAACUGGACUAGUUUCAUCCAAGAAGUUUUCUGGAGCUGGAGAAUAUGAUAUUCUUACAAUUAAGGCAGUUGACAAUGGUCGUCCUCAAAAGUCCUCAACCACUCGACUCCAUAUUGAAUGGAUCACAAAACCCAAACCCUCCUUGGAGCCAAUUUCAUUUGAAGAAUCAUUUUUUACCUUUACUGUAAUGGAAAGUGAUCCAGUUGCACACAUGAUUGGAGUAAUAUCUGUUGAGCCUCCUGGCACACCUCUUUGGUUUGACAUCAUUGGUGGCAAUUAUGACAGUCACUUUGAUGUAGACAAGGGAACUGGAACCAUCAUCAUUGCCAGACCUCUUGAUGCAGAACAAAAAUCUAGCUAUAACCUCACAGUGGAGGCUUCUGAUGGCACCACAACAAUACUUACUCAGGUAUUUAUCAAAGUAAUUGACACAAAUGACCAUCGUCCUCAGUUUUCUUCAUCCAAAUAUGAGGUAGUUAUUCCUGAAGAUACAGUGCCAGAAACAGAAAUUUUACAAAUCAGUGCUGUGGAUAAAGAUGAGAAAAACAAACUAAUCUACACUCUGCAAAGCAGUACUGAUCCCUUGAGUCUCAAGAAAUUUCGUCUGGAUCCUGCCACUGGCUCUCUGUACACCUCUGAAAAGCUGGAUCAUGAAGCCAUUCACCAGCAUGUUCUUACAGUAAUGGUCCGGGAUCAAGAUGUUCCUGUAAAGCGCAACUAUGCAAGGAUUGUGGUUAACAUCAGUGAUGCAAAUGACCAUGCCCCGUGGUUCACUAGUUCCUCCUAUGAAGGACGCGUUUAUGAAUCGGCAGCUGUUGGCUCAGUUGUGUUGCAGGUGACGGCGCUUGACAAGGACAAAGGGAAAAAUGCUGAAGUCCUGUACUCUAUUGAAUCAGGGAAUAUUGGAAAUUCUUUUACAAUCGAUCCCAUCUUGGGCUCUAUAAAAACUGCCAAAGAAUUAGAUCGAAGCAACCAAGUGGAAUAUGAUUUAAUGGUGAAAGCUACUGAUAAAGGAAAUCCACCAAUGAGUGAAAUAACAUCUGUGCACAUCUCUGUCACCAUUGCCGACAAUGCCUCUCCCAAGUUUACAUCUAAAGAAUAUUCUGUGGAAAUUAGUGAAACUAUCAGCAUUGGGAGUUUUGUAGUAAUGGUUAUGUCUCAUAGUCAGUCAUCAGUGCUGUAUGAAAUAAAAGAUGGGAAUAUUGGUGAUGCUUUUGACAUUAAUCCACACUCUGGAAGUAUCAUCACUCAAAAAAGCUUGGAUUUUGAAACACUGCCAAUUUACACAUUGGUAAUACAAGGAACUAACAUGGCUGGCUUGUCUACCAACACAACAGUUGUAGUUCAUCUCCAGGAUGAAAAUGACAACAUGCCAGUUUUUAUGCAGGCAGAAUAUACAGGACUCAUUAGUGAAUCGGCUGCAAUUAACAGUGUGGUCCUAACAGACAGCAAUGUCCCAUUAGUGAUUCGAGCAAUGGAUGCUGAUAGAGAAUCAAAUGCUUUGCUUGUUUAUCGCAUCGUUGAACCAUCUGUACACAAGUAUUUUGCCAUUGAUUCUAGCACUGGUGCUAUUCAUACAGUUUUAAGCUUAGACUAUGAAGAAACAAGUGUUUUUCACUUCACUGUGCAAGUGCAUGACAUGGGCACACCACGUUUAUUUGCUGACUAUGCAGCCAAUGUGACUAUCCAUGUAAUUGACAUCAAUGACUGCCCUCCUGUGUUCUCCAAAUCAUUAUACGAAGCAUCACUUUUGUUGCCAACAUAUAAAGGAGUAAAAGUCAUCACAGUAAAUGCCACAGAUGCUGAUUCAAGGGCAUUCUCUCAGUUAAUGUACUCUAUCACUGAAGGCAACAUUGGGGAGAAGUUUUGUAUGGACUACAAGACCGGUACUAUAACUGUACAAAAUACAACUCAGUUAAGAAGCCGUUAUGAGUUAACCAUUAGAGCUUCUGAUGGCAGAUUUGCAAGUUUUACUUCUGUGAAAAUUAAUGUGAAAGAAAGUAGAGAAAGUCAGUUAAAGUUUACCCAAGAUUCAUACUCUGCAGCAGUGAAGGAGAAUUCCACUGAAGUUAAAACACUAGCUGUCAUUACUGCCAUUGGGAAUCCAAUCAAUGAACCUUUGUUUUAUCAUAUCCUCAACCCAGAUCGAAGAUUUAAAAUAAGCCACACUUCAGGAGUACUUUCUACCACUGGCAUCCCAUUUGAUCGUGAACAGCAGGAGGCAUUUGACGUGGUAGUUGAAGUUACAGAAGAACAUAAACCAUCAGUAGUUGCUCAUGUUGUUGUGAAGGUCACCAUAGAAGAUCAAAAUGAUAAUGCACCAGUGUUUGUCAACCUUCCUUACUAUGCUGUGGUUAAAGUGGACACCGAGGUGGGGCAUGUCAUUCGCCAUGUUACUGCAGUGGACAGAGACAGUGGCCGCAAUGGGGAUGUGCAUUACUACCUUAAGGAACACCAUGAACAUUUUCAAAUUGGACCCUCUGGUGAAAUAUCACUGAAAAAGCCAUUUGAACCAGACACCUUAAAUAAGGAGUAUCUUGUCACAGUGAUUGCAAAAGAUGGUGGAAACCCACCUUUUUCGGCUGAAGUUAUAGUUCCAAUCACUGUUAUGAAUAAAGCCAUGCCUGUGUUUGAAAAGCCUUUCUACAGUGCAGAAAUUCCUGAGAAUGUCCAGAUGCACAGUCCCGUUGUCCACGUACAAGCUAACAGUCCAGAAGGUCUGAAAGUAUUCUAUAGCAUCACAGAUGGAGAUCCUUUUAGCCAGUUCAAUAUUAACUUCAAUACAGGGGUUAUAAAUGUAAUAGCACCUUUAGACUUUGAGGCCCACCCGGCCUAUAAAUUGUGCAUAAGAGCAACUGACUCGUUGACUGAUGCUCACGCUGAGGUAUUUGUAGACAUUGUGGUGGAAGACAUCAAUGAUAACCCCCCUGUGUUCACUCAACCCUCGUAUGCUGCAACAUUGUCUGAGGCUUCUGUAAUUGGAACAUCUGUCGUUCAAGUUAGAGCAACAGAUUCUGACUCAGAACCAAAUAGAGGAAUUUCAUACCAGAUGUUUGGAAAUCAUAGCAAGAGUCAUGAUCAUUUUCACAUAGAUAGCAACACUGGCCUCAUUUCAUUAGUCAGGACUUUGGAUUAUGAACAGUUGCAGCAGCACAAGAUUUUUGUAAGGGCCAUUGACGGUGGCAUGCCCCCUCUGAGCAGUGACGUCAUUGUGACAGUGGAUGUCACUGACCUCAAUGAUAAUCCACCACUGUUUGACCAGCACGUUUAUGAAGCCAAAAUCAGUGAGCACGCAGCUCAUGGCCAUUUUGUGACUUGUGUAAAAGCCCAUGAUGCAGACAGUUCAGACAUAGAUAAGUUGGAAUACUCCAUUCUGUCUGGCAAUGAUCAUAAGAACUUUGUCAUUGACAGUGAAACCGGCAUUAUCACGCUCUCUAACCUGCGCAGGCAUGCCUUGAAGCCAUUUUACCAUCUUAACAUCUCUGUUUCUGAUGGAGUUUUCAGGAGUUCAGCUCAGGUUCAGGUAACAGUAAUUGGAGGCAAUUUGCACAGUCCUGUUUUCCUUCAGAACGAAUACGAGGUUGAGCUGGCUGAGAAUGCUCCCGUACACACCUUAGUGACAGCAGUUAAAGCAACUGAUGAAGAUGCUGGCAUUUACGGCCACAUCACCUACCAUAUCGUAAAUGACUUUGCUAAAGACAGAUUUUACACAAAUGAGAGAGGACAGAUCUUUACUUUGGAAAAACUUGAUCGGGAAACUCCAGCAGAGAAAGUAAUCCCCAUUCGCUUAAUGGCUAAGGAUGCUGGAGGAAAAGUUGCUUUCUGCACCGUUAAUGUCAUUCUUACAGAUGACAAUGAUAAUGCACCCCAAUUUCGAGCAACCAAGUAUGAAGUGAACAUCGGAUCCGAUGCUCCCAAAGGGACAUCAGUUAUUAAGGUUCUUGCAAGUGAUGCUGAUGAGGGAUCCAAUGCCGAUGUCUCCUACACUAUUGAAGCAGAUUCAGAGAGUGUUAAGGAGAAUUUGGAAAUUAACAAACUGUCUGGCAUAAUUACCACAAAGGAAAGCUUAAUUGGCUUAGAAAAUGAAUUCUUCACUUUCUUUGUGAGAGCUGUGGAUAAUGGAACUCCGCCAAAAGAAUCCGUUGUUCCUGUUUAUAUUAAAAUACUUCCACCAGAAAUGCGGCUUCCAAAGUUUUCAGAACCAUUUUAUACCUAUACUGUUUCCGAAGACAUUCCUAUUGGAACAGAACUUGAUCUCAUCCGAGUAGAACAUAGUGGGAGUGUUGUUUACAGUCUAAUCAAAGGGAAUACUCCAGAAAGUAAUCGAGAUGAGUUCUUUGUGAUUGACAGACAAAGUGGGCGACUGAAACUGGAGAAGAGUCUUGAUCAUGAGACAACAAAGUGGUAUCAGUUUUCUGUACUGGCUCGGUGCACUCAGGGUGAUUAUGAGGUAGUGGCAUCUGUAGAUGUUAGUAUCCAGGUGAAAGAUGCAAAUGAUAACAGUCCGGUCCUGGAAUCUAACCCAUAUGAGGCAUUUAUUGUUGAAAACCUGCCAGGAGGAAGUAGAGUCAUCCAGACCAGGGCAUCUGACGUGGACUCAGGAACCAAUGGCCAAAUUAUGUACAGUCUAGAUCAGACACAAAGUGUAGAAGUCAUCGAAUCCUUUGCCAUUAACAUGGAAACAGGCUGGAUUACAACUCUGAAGGAACUUGACCAUGAAAAAAGGAACAAUUACCAGAUUAAAGUAAUUGCCUCAGAUCAUGGGGAAAAAGUUCAGCUGUCCUCCACAGCCAUUGUGGAUGUCACUGUAACUGAUGUCAAUGACAGCCCGCCACGAUUCACAGCAGAGAUUUACAAAGGGACUGUGAGUGAAGAUGACCCCCCAGGUGGUGUAAUCGCCAUCUUAAGUACCACGGAUGCUGAUUCUGAAGAGAUUAACAGACAAGUUACAUACUAUAUCACAGGAGGGGAUCCUUUGGGGCAGUUUGCUGUUGAAAAUAUACAGAAUGAAUGGAAGGUGUAUGUGAAGAAACCACUGGAUAGAGAGAAAAAGGAUAAUUAUCUUCUGACCAUCACAGCAACUGAUGGAACCUUUUCAUCAAAAGCCAUAGUUGAAGUGAAAGUGCUGGAUGCAAAUGACAAUGUUCCAGUGUGUGAAAAGACUCUGUAUUUAGACACAAUCCCAGAAGACACACUUCCUGGAAAGUUGAUCAUGCAAGUCUCUGCUACAGAUGCAGAUAUCCGGUCCAAUGCUGAAAUCACUUAUACACUGUUUGGCCCAGGUGCAGAAAAAUUCAGACUAAAUCCAGACACAGGUGAACUGAAAACACUAGCUCCCCUUGAUCGUGAGGAGCAAGCUGUUUAUAAUCUUCUAGUCAGAGCUACAGAUGGAGGGGGAAAAUUCUGUCAGUCUAACAUUGUGCUCACGCUAGAAGAUGUGAAUGAUAAUGCGCCUGAGUUCUCUGCUGAUCCGUACACCAUCACUGUGUUUGAAAACACAGAACCUGGGACACUCCUGACCAGAGUGCAGGCUACGGAUGCAGAUGCAGGAUUGAAUCGGAAGAUUUCUUACUCACUGGUUAAUUCUGCUGAUGGACAGUUCUCCAUUAAUGAGUUUUCUGGAAUUCUUAAGUUAGAGAAGCCUUUGGAUAGAGAACUACAAUCAGUAUACACACUUACUCUAAAAGCUGUAGAUCAGGGCUUGCCCAGGAGGCUGACGGCUACUGGCACUGUCGUGAUUUCAGUUCUAGACAUAAAUGACAACCCACCUGUGUUUGAAUACCGUGAGUAUGGCACCACGGUGUCUGAGGAUAUUAAUAUUGGAACAGAAAUUCUUCAGGUGUACGCCGCCAGUCGGGAUAUUGAAGCAAAUGCAGAAAUCACCUACUCAUUGAUAAGUGGAAACGAACAUGGGAAAUUCAGCAUAGAUUCAAAAACAGGGGCCAUAUUUGUCUUAGAGAGUCUGGAUUAUGAAAGCUCUCAUGAAUAUUACCUGACAGUAGAAGCGACUGAUGGAGGCACACCUUCACUGAGUGACGUUGCAACUGUCAAUGUUAAUGUAACUGAUAUCAAUGAUAACAGCCCCGUUUUCAGCCAGGACACCUACACGGCCGUGGUCAGUGAAGAUGCUGUUCUUGAACAGCCUGUCAUCAUGGUUAUGGCUGAUGAUGCGGAUGGACCUUCCAACAGCCAUAUUCACUAUUCAAUUAUAGACGGCAAUCAAGGAAGUCCAUUUACAAUAGACCCUGUCAAGGGCGAGGUGAAAGUGACCAAGCUUCUAGACCGAGAAACGAUUUCAGGAUAUACUCUCACCGUUCAAGCAUCUGACAAUGGCAGUCCACCCAGAGUCAACACCACCACUGUGAACAUCGAUGUGUCUGAUGUCAAUGACAAUCCUCCCGUCUUCUCUAAAGGAAACUACAGUGUGAUCAUCCAGGAAAACAAGCCUGUGGGUUUCAGUGUGCUACAGCUCGUGGUAACAGAUCGGGAUUCUUCUCACAAUGGCCCGCCUUUCUUCUUUACUAUUGUGAGUGGAAAUGAUGACCACACAUUUGAAGUCAACCAGCACGGGGUCCUCCUAACUUCAACUGCCAUAAAGAGAAAAGUGAAAGAUCAUUACUUAUUACAUGUUAAGGUGGCCGAUAAUGGAAAACCUCAGUUGUCAUCUUUGACAUAUAUUGACAUUAGAGUCAUUGAGGAAAGCAUCUAUCCUCCUGCCAUUUUGCCACUGGAAAUUUUUAUCACUGCUUUUGGAGAGGAAUAUGCAGGUGGUGUCAUUGGGAAGAUCCAUGCAACAGACCAAGAUGUAUAUGACACUUUAACCUACAGUCUUGAUCCCCAAAUGGAUAGCUUGUUCUCUGUUUCCAGCACUGGUGGCAAGCUGAUUGCACACAAAAAACUAGAUAUAGGGCAGUACCUUCUCAAUGUCAGUGUAACAGAUGGAAAAUUUACAACUGUGGCUGACAUCACGGUGCAUAUCAGACAAGUAACACAGGAGAUGUUGAACCACACCAUUGCCAUCCGCUUUGCCAAUCUUACUCCAGAAGAAUUUGUUGGUGACUACUGGCGCAACUUCCAGCGAGCUUUGCGGAACGUCUUGGGUGUGAGGAGGAAUGACAUACACAUUGUUAGCUUGCAGCCUUCCGAGCCUCAGUCACAUCUGGAUGUCUUACUUUUUGUAGAGAAAUCAGCUAGUGUCCAGGUUUCAACAAUAACUCUUCUGCACAAGAUUAAUUCCUCUGUCACUGAUAUUGAAGAAAUCAUUGGUGUUCGGAUAUUGAAUGUGUUCCAGAAGCUCUGUGCAGGGCUCGAUUGCCCGUGGAAAUUCUGUGAUGAAAAGGUGUCUGUGGAUGAACAUGUCAUGUCCACUCAUAGCACAGCUAGACUGAGCUUUGUAACUCCCCGUCACCGGAGGACAGCUGUGUGUCUCUGCAAAGAUGGAAAAUGCCCAGUUGUUCACCCUGGAUGUGAAGACAGUCCAUGCCCUGAGGGAUCAGAAUGUAUCACUGACCUUAGAGAAGAGAAAUACACCUGUGUGUGUCCUGGUGGCAGGUUUGGUCAAUGUCCAGGGAGUUCAUCUGUAACAUUUAGUGGAAACAGCUUUGUAAAAUACCGUUUAAUGGAAAAUGAAAACAAAUUAGAAAUGAAAUUGACAAUGAGACUCAGAACGUACUCUACUCAUGCAGUUGUAAUGUAUGCUCGCGGGACAGACUAUAGUAUCUUAGAGAUUCAUAAUGGAAGACUACAAUACAAAUUUGACUGUGGAAGUGGCCCUGGCAUUGUCUCUGUUCAGAGCAUUCAGAUCAAUGAUGGGCAGUGGCAUGCAGUGUCUCUGGAAGUGAACGGAAACUAUGCUAGGUUGGUUCUCGAUCAAGUCCACACUGCGUCUGGCACAGCCCCAGGGACUCUUAAAACCCUCAACCUAGACAACCAUGUGUUUUUUGGUGGCCACAUCCGUCAGCAAGGCGCAAGGCAUGGAAGAAGCCCCCAAGUUGGCAGUGGUUUCAAAGGUUGUAUGGACUCCAUUUAUUUGAAUGGACAAGAAUUACCUUUAAAUAACAAACCAAGAAGCUAUGCACAUAUUGAAGAAUCAGUAGAUGUAUCUCCUGGGUGCUUACUAACAGCUACAGAAGACUGCUCGAGCAACCCUUGUCAGAAUGGAGGCAUUUGUAAUCUAUCACCUACUGGAGGUUAUUAUUGCAAAUGCAGUGCUUUAUACAUAGGAACGUAUUGUGAGGUGAGCGUCAAUCCCUGUUCGUCCAACCCUUGCCUUUAUGGUGGUACGUGCCUUGUAGACAACGGAGACUUCGUGUGCCAGUGCAGGGGUUUAUAUACUGGCCAGAGGUGUCAGCUUAGUCCCUAUUGCAAAGAUGAGCCUUGUAAAAAUGGUGGGACAUGUUUUGACAGUUUGGAUGGCGCUGUUUGUCAGUGUGAAUCAGGUUUUAGAGGAGAAAGAUGUCAGAGUGAUGUUGACGAGUGCGCUGGCAGCCCCUGCCGCAAUGGGGCACUGUGCGAGAACACGCACGGUUCCUAUCAUUGUAACUGCAGCCAGGAAUUCAGAGGGAAACACUGCGAAGAAGCUGCACCCAACCAGUAUGUGUCCACUCCAUGGAACAUCGGAUUGGCCGAAGGGAUCGGCGUCAUUGUUUUUAUAAUAGGAAUAUUCUUACUGGUGGUUAUAUUUGUUGUCUGCCGCAAAAUGAUUAAUUGGAAGAAAAAGAAACACCAGCCUGAACCUGAAGAUAAACAUAUGGGACCCAAUACAGCUUUCUUGCAAAGACCAUAUUUUGAUUCAAAGCUAAAUAAGAACAUUUACUCAGAUAUACCGCCCCAGGUGCCUGUCCGCCCGAUUUCCUACACUCCAAGCAUUCCAAGUGACUCUAGAAACAAUCUUGAUCGAAAUUCCUUUGAAGGAUCUGCUAUCCCUGAGCACCCUGAGUUCAGCACUUUUAACCCCGAGUCUGUGCACGGGCAUAGGAAAGCAGUGGCCGUCUGCAGCGUUGCUCCAAACUUGCCUCCCCCGCCUCCUUCCAACUCUCCUUCUGACAGUGACUCCAUACAGAAGCCCAGCUGGGACUUUGACUAUGACACUAAAGUGGUGGAUCUCGAUCCCUGUCUCUCAAAGAAACCUCUGGAGGAGAAGCCUUCUCUCCCGUACAGCGCACGGGAAAGCCUGUCUGAAGUGCAGUCCCUGAGCUCCUUCCAGUCCGAGUCUUGUGAUGACAAUGGGUAUCACUGGGAUACAUCUGACUGGAUGCCAAGUGUUCCUCUGCCAGACAUACAGGAGUUUCCCAACUAUGAGGUCAUCGAUGAACAAACACCCCUGUACGCAGCAGACCCAAAUGCCAUCGAUACGGACUAUUACCCUGGAGGUUUUGACAUUGAAAGUGAUUUUCCACCACCUCCAGAAGACUUCCCUGCACCCGAUGAACUACCACCUUUACCUCCAGAAUUCAGUGACCAGUUUGAAUCCAUACACCCUCCUAGAGACAUGCCUGCCACAGGUAGCCUGGGAUCUUCAGCGAGGAACCGGCAGAGGUUUAACCUGAAUCAGUAUCUGCCCAACUUCUAUCCUGUUGAUAUGUCUGAACCUCAAAAAGCAGGCACUAGUGAGAAUAGUACUUGUAGAGAACCCUAUGUCCCAUACAGUCCAGGGUAUCAAAGAAACUUUGAAGCCCCCACUGUAGAAAACAUGCCCAUGUCUGUGUACGCUUCCACAGCUUCCUGCUCGGAUGUCUCAGCGUGCUGUGAAGUGGAGUCUGAGGUGAUGAUGAGUGACUAUGAGAGUGGAGAUGACGGCCACUUUGAAGAGGUGACGAUUCCUCCCCUAGAUCCACAGCACACCGAGGUCUGA